UCGUGGAAACAGGGUCCCACACGUCAUCAUCUCGAACCACCUGUGAUACCUUGUUCAUUGUCUCUGUCCCAUCCCUCAUCACCCACAUCUGGUCCCUGCAAACAUGCCUAUUCCCGAGUCCGAGUAUUUGAGUCCGGUCUGGAAGGACGGCAUCUUUAACAACAGAGUCGCCUUUGUCACCGGCGGCGCUGGAAGCAUUUGCAGCGCUCAAACUCGUGCUCUUGUCCGCCUAGGAGCAAAUGCCUGCAUUAUCGGCCGCAAUGUCGAGAAGACAGAGUCCAUGGCGAAGGACAUAGCCACAGCUAGGCCCGGUGCAAAGGUCAUCGGUAUUGGCGGUUGUGAUGUGAGAAAUCCCCAAAGUCUGCAAGACGCCGCAGAUCGAUGCGCCAAGGAGCUCGGCGGCAUCGACUUUGUCAUUGCGGGAGCUGCUGGCAACUUCAUCGCACCCUUGUCCGGCAUGAGCCCCAAUGCAUUCAAGGCGGUCAUCGAUAUUGAUGUCUUGGGCACUUUCAACACUGUGAAGGCUACCAUUCCCUACCUGGUAGAGUCGGCAAAGAAGAACCCAACGCCCAGCCAAAACGGCCUGACCGGAGGCCGCAUCAUUUUCGUCUCUGCCACAUUCCACUGGACAGGUAUGCCGCUGCAAGCACAUGUCUCAGCCGCCAAAGCAGCUGUCGAUGCUCUCAUGGCAUCGGUUACGUUGGAGUAUGGCCCGUUCGGAGUCACGAGCAAUGUGAUUGCCCCCGGGCCGAUCAAGGAUACGGAGGGCAUGCAACGGCUGUCCAGUAGCAAGCAGGACCAGGCCAAGGCCAACGCGGUUGUGCCGCAGGGUCGGUGGGGCGUCAUCCGGGACAUUGCCGAUUCCACCGUCUACCUCUUCAGCGACGCCGGUAGCUUCGUCAACGGUCAGGCAAUCCCUGUUGACGGCGGUGCCUGGAGACGCCAGGGUGCGCUAGCGGUUGGAACAGACGACGACAUGCAAUACCCGGAUUUCCUUCUGAAGGGAGAAAUCUCAAAGCACGUAAAGAGCGGCCGAAAGACGGAGUCGAAGUUGUAAUCGACAUCGAGACAUCGGCCGUGGUGGGGUCGGAAGGAUCACCUCCAGCAAGUCCGCGGACAAAGGAAUCCCAUCGACCGGGGGUGGAGAGAUUGUAAGUUGACAUCGCAAGGGCGUGGCUGUUGACCCGCCCAGAGCUUGUUAGAUAUAUCAAAGAACCGCAGGAAAUGACACUAUAUUGAACGAACCAACAAUCGUUUAUCGAAAUAUCUAGGAU